UGCGUCGAGGAACUACCGUGUUUACUGUUGAAGAAGCAAAGCGGCGGAAGGAAAUGUCCAGCUGAGGCUUGGAAGUCCUGAGAAGCCACCGCCGGGGCCUAUUUUUUCUGUAAUGAUUGAUCAAUGCUUCUACUAUGGCACUGAAGGCACAGGUUUUAUAUGACUUCGCUGCGGAGGCUGGAAACAAUGAGCUGACGGUGAAAGAAGGAGAGACCCUCACUAUCACAAAUCAGAAUGUCGGCGGUGGCUGGAUUGAAGCACAGAACUCCAGAGGGGAAAUCGGACUGGUGCCGGAGGAUUACAUAGAGCUCAGCAAGUCGUCAUUCCCCGAAGCGGGAACCGCAGCACCGACUCCCAGCGUCGGAAACGUCGCGCCCUCGGACCUGUCCUUCUUCGACGCCUUCGCUCCUGCGUCUACGCAAAACCAGGCCAGCAAUGGAAAUGAUCCCUGGUCAGGGUGGAACGCCGACCCCUCGGGGGGAGCCGCCAACAACUGGGCAUCCAACCCAGAGGGCACCCAGACCGGCAAGAUGGCGGCCGCGGACUCCUGGGGCGGCUCGGCCCCUCAGGGACACCCUCAGGCUUACCAGGGUCCUGGGGCCGCCGACGACGACGAGUGGGACGACGAGUGGGACGACAUGAAGUCCACCGGGGGCUACGCAGAGUCCGAAUCUGGAGAUGCCGCGGCCAUGCAGCGAGGCGGAGCUCACGCGUCAAUGAAACUCAAAUUUCCAGGGUUCUCAAAGUCUGGUCCUGAACUGUACCUCCUUUGCAAGCAGAUCGCAAAGGGCAAAGAAAAGCUACCGAUUUAUAUGGGAGAAGUGGGUCCGGUGUGGCUUUAUCCAGAAUCACAGCUGGACUGUGUGGUCGCUGAUCCCAAGAAAGGCUCAAAGCUGUACGGCCUGAAGAGCUACAUCGAGUACCAAAUCACGCCAAACACCACAAACCGCCCUGUCAAUCACAGAUACAAGCACUUUGACUGGCUCUAUGAGAGGCUGCUGGACAAAUUUGGCUCCGCCAUCCCCAUCCCGUCCUUACCAGACAAGCAGGUGACAGGGCGCUUUGAGGAAGAGUUCAUUAAGAUGCGAAUGGAGCGGUUGCAGGGCUGGAUGAGCAGGAUGUGCAGGCACCCCGUCCUUUCCUGCAGCGAAGUCUUCCAGCUGUUCCUCGCGUAUAAGGACGAGAAGGACUGGAAAACGGGGAAGAGAAAAGCAGAGAAGGAUGAGACGGUGGGAGUGAUGAUCUUCACCACCAUAGAGCCGGAAGCUGCAGACUUGGACCCUAUAGAAGUAGAGAAGAAAUGUGACCAGUUCAGCAGGUUUACCAAGGCGAUGGACGACGGCGUGAAGGAAAUCCUCACAGUGGGAAAUGAGCACUGGAAGAGAUGCACAGGACCUCUGCCGAAGGAAUAUCAGCGGAUUGGUAAAGCCUUCCAAAACCUUUCCUCGGUGUUCACCAGCAGUGGAUAUCAAGGCGAGUCAACCCUGACGGAUGCCAUGACGGCAGCGGGGAAGACCUACGAGGAGAUAGCACAGUUAGUAGCGGAGCAGCCCAAGAAAGACCUCCACUUCCUCAUGGAGACUAACAACGAGUAUAAAGGUCUGCUGGGAUGCUUCCCCGACACCAUUGGAGUCCAUAAGGCGGCCAUCGACAAAGUGAAGGAAGGCGACAAGUUGGUGGCCACCAGUAAAAUAAGCGCUCAGGAAAAGGUCACCAUGGCUAAACGAGUCAGCACCAUGUCUUACGCGUUACAAGCUGAGAUGAACCACUUCCAUAGCAACCGUAUCUACGACUACAACCGCGUCAUGCAGCAGUACCUGGAAGAGCAAGUCAAGUUUUAUGAGACGAUUGCUGCAAAGCUGAGACAAGCCCACGGUCAGUUCACCACCAUGUGACGGUCCAGGAGCCACAACAAGAGCACCACACCCCAAAUAUUCUCACUAAACUGCUUGUUUUCUACCUUUCUUUUCUUCUUUUUUUCUAAUGAAAGUUUCUCACUUCCGUUCUGACGCUUUAAACCGCAGCAGUGAGCGAUUGCGGAUGACGACACACACACACACACUCUUUUUAAAGAAAGAGACGGGAACAAAACACGCAACGUGUUACACAACCGAAGGUUUGUGUCUAGCAAAACGACAAUUUAUUUGUAGUGAUUAAUAUCAUAUCCAUGUUUGAUACGUCCUGUCACUCAAAGGAAGCAUCCUGUGCCUUUUCUUUCUUCACGUCACCAGGAAGCCCCGCCCCUUCCUGUUGUACCCCCCCUGUGCCUUAUUUCAAUUUCUGCAUUGGUUUACAUUUCAGGAGAAUCCACACAUGUUGACUCUGUGUUUUAUUAUGAAGGAGCAACAGCAACAUGUAAGAGGGCGGAGCUACAGAUUAUGCAAUUUGUUUUUGCUUUCAAUCGACUUUUGUGUUCACCCGCGUUUUUAUUAUCACUUGAUACCCAAAUUUAAGUGGAAAUAUUUAAUGAGCACGCGGACAGGCGCAAAGAUUGUACUUGCCGUUUGAUAAAUAUCAAAGCAAACAGACGUUUGUUGUCUGGGCGAUGGUUGUGUGAAUGAAGGCUCUUUAUUUGUACACGCGUGCCUCAUGAAGUGUCAGGUGAGCGUACAUAUAAAUAAUAAAUACACUAUUCUAUCA